GAGUAAUAGAGGUUUAAACUCAUUGAUCUUGUGAGGUCUAAAAAUGCCAAAUUCUUUUGAAUGCGCAAUCCGUAAGAACAUUCAUUCGGGUGAACUUCGAAGCUCCAUAGCAAAAAAUCAAGCACAUGGACCUAUGUUAAUUUUUGGAUAUUUCGAAUAUUCAGGUUCUAAAGUAUCUAUGUGCAAAGUUUGGUGAAAAUGACAUGGAUUUCAUUUUAACUGUGGAACGUCCUUAAUUUGAACAUUAUUGUAAAUCAGUUAUCCGCUCGCCGCGCCUAUACGACGCGACGCCAGAUUAAUCUUAAUAACCGAUGCCGAUAAUCCGACUACUCGGACUUGGACCUACACGAAAAUUACAUUUGUACAUCAUCACUAAAAAACUGUCAGUACCCUCAAUUUUUCUCUGAAAUGAAUAAGUUCGUGGAUUUCAUGGUGAGGUCGUCUAAAACCACAUAGCAGCAUGGAUGCUACAUCAGAUGCCGAGUUGGCUCGUCUGCUGCAGUUCCAAUUUGAUAGUGAAACUGCUACAGAGAUAGCUGUUAUUGAGCCAGCAUCAACAAACGAUAGACGCUCCUCGGGAACCAAACCCAUUGGCAUUGUAGACGAGAGAUGGGAGCUUAUUGACCCGAACCCAGAUGUGAGAGCCCUCUUCCUUCAGUUCAAUGAUCAGUUUUUCUGGGGUCGGCUGGCUGGUGUAGAGGUCAGAUGGAGUCCUAGGAUGACAUUAUGUGCUGGAGUUUGCUGUUAUGAAGGAUAUGGUGGUCUGUGUUCUGUUCGUCUCAGCCUGCCUUUGCUGAAACUCAGACCAAGAAAAGAUCUUGUUGAAACUCUGCUGCAUGAAAUGAUCCAUGCCUAUCUGUUUGUUACACAGAACAACAAGGACCAUGAUGGUCACGGGCCUGAAUUCUGCAAGCACAUGAAUAGAAUCAAUGCAGCUACUGGUACCCAUAUAAGUAUCUACCACACUUUCCACGAUGAGGUGGAUUCCUAUCGCCAACACUGGUGGCGCUGCGACGGUCCUUGCCGGCAACGGAAACCUUACUUUGGCUAUGUUAAGCGAUCGAUGAACAGGGCGCCCUCUCCGAGGGACACUUGGUGGGGUGAACACCAGCGCUCCUGUGGGGGAACUUUCACCAAGGUCAAGGAACCUGAGGGGUAUGGGCAGAAGAAAGGGGGAAAGAAGGAUCACGGAGAGAGCAGUGAGGUGACCACUAAUAAAGAUCAGCAAGGGAUCAAAACGAAAGACAUCAGGAAUUUCAUCCCUUUCUCUGGAAAAGGGCAUUCCCUGGGAAAUCCUACAACUUCAUCUUCAAACAACUCAUCAUCCAGCUCUACAUCCGGUUCUUCUGUGAGUGAUAAACGUGUAGAACAGCCUAAAGAGCGAAAGAAAUCAUCAGAGAGUAAAGAUAUAUCAUCAUUCUUCACCAAGAAGUGGUCAGAUGAUCCUGCCAACACAACCAAGUCUUCAUCCAGCAGCUCUGGUCCUCCAUCACAUCCAAACAAUUCUUCAGCUGUCGUUGGUUUUCAAAAGAAGCCUAGAUUCACACCUGUUGUUGCAACGGCCAGUGGUCGUGUCGUGAGUGAUUCUGAUGAUGCUGGCACAGCCGAAGGGAAAACAUGCAAUUCUGGUCAAACUAUGAAGGGCAAAGGAUCCAUUCCAAAUAGAACUGGAAAGUUUAUACCAGUCGUAUCUGCAGUGGGGAGGAAAGAAGGCGUUCAUUCUUCAAAGAAUUUGGGGGAUUCUUUGUCUUCCAGCAAAAGUCUAGUUGGGUCAGAUAUCAGACGACAUGGUGGGGAACAGAACAAUACUUCUGAAUUCUUGGGCAAAGAAGCAAUAUCAUCAGCCAAGAAAGGUGAUAGAGGAAGGACUCCCAUCAACAGUGUUCAGGUAGUAAGGACACGGGAUAGGAUAGGUGGAGGAUCAAGUGAGGGAAAGAGGAAGAAAAGGGCAAGACUUGCGGAUUUGCAAGCCAUGUUUGAUAGUGAUUCUGAUGAUGACGAAGCAAUGAAUAGGUCUUCCAAAUGUCCCAGAGUUUCUCAUGGAAAUAGUUAUGAUGACGACAGUGAUGCAAUUCUUGUUGAGGAUGGGGUGUCUUUAAGAACAAAUAGUGGUUCCAACAAAGAAAACAGUCCUUCACUCCACAAUGACAGAGGGGGUAUCUAUAUCCAAGGAGACAGUGAUGAUGAUGAUGAUGUUAUUGCUCAGCCAAUAGGUUCAGGAAUCACAAAUGGGAUAUGGAAAGACCUUAGCCAUCUAUCCUCCGGAAGUUCUGGCUACCAAGUAACUGGGAACAGGCGAUUUGGACGAGUAACGCCACCUCUGUAUGGAAAAUCAAAAGGAAAAUCACUUCGCGGAAGCAAUAUUGGCCAAACCCCUCCACAGUCAUCAUUUUGUGAGCAUCCCUGGCAGACAGCUGCCCGAGAGAGCGACAGGAAGGCAUCGACGGUAACUGUGGAAGGGGCGGUCAUCAACCUGACUGCAGAGGAUGAUGUGGGAUUAGUUGAGGAGGUGGGACCAAAGAAAGUGCCUUGUCCUGUGUGUAACCUCCAGAUAGAGGAGAGAAAGAUCAACUCUCAUCUGGAUACGUGUCUCACGUUCAACUGUGAUGCAUUAUUUUCUUGAAAUCAUUCAACCAUCAAAGUGUAUUCUGAUUGUACCUUGAUAGAUGUACCUUAGAUUAUGACCUUUUACCCUCACUCGUUCCCUUUUCUACCCAUCAUCAUUAUGAAAUAUCAGACUAAAUGUUUUUGAAUCAGGUUUUCAUAUCCCAAUCCUAAAUGCAUAAACACUGUAUGAGCAUAUGCAAAUGCAAUGGACUGAUAACUGUACAACAAUUUUUCUGGUUAAAGAUUUAGUGCUACCUGUGAGCUGUCGUUUCAAAUCUUCACUAAAGUUUUACAGAAUCAGAAAAAUAUAUAGAUAUAGAUAUUCAAAGAAUUGAUUGUAUCUGAAUACUCUUCCCUUGAGUAGAUUAUUCUUCACACUAAAAAGAAUUAAUAAUAUGAUACUACAUGUACAUGUAUACUCGGCAAUUCUAAUCUUAAAAUUAAUUAUUAUUAAUUGUAUAGCAAAAUUUUACACAACCAUUGUACAAUGAUAUAUAUUUCAUGUGUUACAAGCAAAUAUGAUAUUGCAAAUCACCUGUUUUGAGUCUGUAGAUAUGGGUGUGGAUCAUCUGACAUAGUUAACUCAUGGUUUCUGGUGAAUUUUUAUCUUUAAUUGAAUGGAAACAAUUUUUACUGGUUGCUGUGACAUUAGAUAGGGAAACUGAUGCCUGGCUUACUUACAUUUUCACUUAUUCAGUACAUGUAUAUCUUGUUGGAGGAGAGAGUUCAUAUGUGAAUUUAUUACUAGGAUUUUCUUUAUCUUUCCAUACCAUGCCCAUGUAUAGUAUAGUCAGUUAUUAGGCUCUUCAUAUUUUUGCCUCUUUGGAGGAUAUUUUUAUCUUGAGGAGGAAAAACUGUCCAACUUUAUUUCCUUCUAUCUAACUUUCUGGCUACUCAUUUGCUAAAAAGGAAAACUAAUUUUUUAUAUCUUACCAAAGUAACCAAAGCGAUAAUAUUGGCAUUUGCCUCAAGUGGCUGUAUUAGUGAGCCAACUCAUCAUGUUUACAUUCUUCCCAUGUACCUAAUCAGUUUUGAAAUACAAGUACUCAUAACUUUCUUCUUAUUUAAUCAUUUUUGCAAGCUUUCGAUUGUUUCUCUUUUCUUUUGUUGAAUUAUUCGAUUUACAUAGAAAACUUUAUCAUAGCAAACAUGUAGCAGAAAUGAAUAUAACGUCAGAUUAUGCUAAAAUAGAACAUAAUAUAUCUACAUUGAAUACAGGUAAGUUUUUGAAUGUUUCUUUAAAUACAUCUAAAGAGGUUUGAAAUUUGGGAAAAAUGGGCUUCAUUUCAUCCACGAAGUCGAUUGUUUUUACUUUUAUCAAAUAUGAAGUUAGGUAAUUAUUUUUUUUUUUAUGUGGGAUUGGCCAGAUGCAAAAUUAAUGCGUUGGUUGAUUUUUGUAGAUGUUAACAGAACCUUAUUAGCAUAUUACAAUUCAUUAAGUUAGUACUGUAAUCCCUUAUGUUAUGAGACAUAAUAUGAUCAGUAUUAAUCUAGCAAUGACCUUGCCAUAUUUGGAUGUAACAUUUCUUGUACCAGGUUAUUGAGCACCUUACAAAAAAGAAGCUGCAUCUUUCCUGCAGAAAUCGUGUAUUCAUCUUUUUAUUGCUAAUUCUCGUGUUUUAUUAUAUAUCAACUAAAUGGGCCGCAGAGAUAUAUGUGGUGAAGACUGUCAGAAAUCAUGCUUUAAUAGAUUUGUCUCUAGACUUUGAAACAGAGGCUCAUGGGUUCAAAUCCCAGCCAUGGCCUAAAAUAAUAACCCUCAGCAAGAAACCGAUCCACAGUGUGCUGCAAUUGAUCCAAGUGUGGUAUAUGGAUACCUGGUAGGAUUGAUUGCUUGAAUGCGUUCAGCACUGAUAAGAAAGUGGUAGCUCGAGCCAAAGCCGAGGUUAACUUAACUGUGAAUUCUGAGGCAAAAAGUGCUAUAGAAAUCGUGCUAUUCUUAUUAUUAUAAUAAAGGCAUUAUGCGGCUAUCUUGUUUAUGAAGAAACAUUGAGAUUAGCAAUGAAAUGUGCUUUGCAGGCUGUAGGAAAGACCCGGCUCUAAAUUUUACUGUGCCAUACAAAUCAAAUAAAUUACAUGUAUGUGGUUGAUGCAUAUUAUGACUUAUGUUCGACAUGAGAAAUAAUUAUGCUUUUGUAAGAUUACACGUUGAACUUUUAAUCUUUAUAUAUCGUAAUUGAUUACAAUGCUUAUGAUAUCAUGUCACAGAUGAAUAUAUUUUAUAUAGAAGAAUAAAUCAGUCAUUUGUUUACUGUCUCAA